AUGAUUAUCUACGACCUAUCUAUAUCCGUAUCCCCUAUCUCCCACCUGGAAGUGUUUCCAUUUGAGCUUUUCAGGGAGCCGCUUGUCAUUCUAGCAAUUGCCGAUGGCACAGAGAUCACAAGAAAAAAAGAUCGGGAUGGGAAUGAUCCACUUGAGGAGAAGUCCGGUGGAACUGGACACAAGAAGCAUCCUAGCCCGGAGGGCCUUGACCAGCUUAUUAAAGAGCUAGAUGGGAUAAACACGGACUACCCCAAAUCUGUACUCCAACAGCUCUUAGUUUUUGACUAUGAUGGGUUAGAAAACAUAGCUUCUGGCCCUGAGCAGGUAAUUUGGAUACCCAACCCGGAGGCAUCACGGCCCACCACCAUGAAGACGGUAAUGUGUGAUAUAUCUGCCCGAGUUCUAGGAGGGCUACAAAAGUUCUCAGAAUCAAUACCGCAAUGGCAAAGUAUUGAAUCUCCAAAGGUAUCAUCUUGGGGUCCACGACGGGCUUUAGAUGCUAAGUCACCCGACAAGCUCUCCCACAGAAUGACGAUGCCAGCACAUCUGCCGUCACGGCCAACUGAGCAACCCUUGGAAGGCACCGAAUCGCCCCCAAUUGUCAACCAUGAAUCACCUACCACAUUCGAUGAAAUCACUCGUUCAAUCCAAAUAUCGAACAAAACGACUUCGGCCCUUAGCUCUAGUUCCAAACCCGGGUCCAAGGAACAUAGUCGAGAUCGAUCUUCAGUCGUGGGAGUUUCUAGUCUUGCAUCCAACGAGAGAGCAAAAUCUCGCUUCCAGGGCCGUCUUCAUGUUCUUACUGGCCUACUCCACCUCCAAGGAGGCUUAUGGCCUGAAGCCCUCAAAGAUCUUAUAGAAGGCGCUUCAAUUGCCAGGUCUGGGAGUGAUUAUAUAUGGCAUGCAAAGGCCUUAGAAGCGAUAUUGAUCUGUCUUCUUCUGUUUGGGGUAGUCGCAAAAUCUACCCCAGCUCAAGGAAACAUCGAGUCUCAUGGAAAGUCAGAACCUGAAGCUAGAUCUUUGGCUCUCCAGAAUCUCGCGAGCAUUAUUCCUGACAUUUCCAACUAUAUAUUAAGCCUCUACAAUCGAGCUAUUAAUAUAACGGAUGAACCGCUUCCCCAGCUAGUGUUCUCGGAAACAGUCAUAAGACUUGCAAAGCUUCUGACAACCAUGCAAGUACGCGAUGGUUCUCUUGAUACCGACGGUCUACAGCAUGUAGUCUUGAAUAAACCCCUAGAGCGCAUAUCACUGCCCGACCAACAAAGAAAACCUAACACUUUUCGCAAAACAGAAAUAACAUCUUUCCUAUUCCGUGCACUCCCAUCUUCAAUAUCUUCGGAUGUCCCUGUGACGGAUGCGGUUCAGAUAUUCAUUGGCGUGGCUGCUGUCUUAUCACCUCUAGGGAUGGAGCGAAAGCAGGCAUUCGUUCUGAAGGAGCUUUUCUCAAUACUCAUUCCUGGGCUUGUACAAGCUAGGAAGAUUGGUGCGGCAGAAAUUGGAAUUCAUCCAGCUGCAGGACUAUCUGCCCUCAGCAAUGCCUCUUUCGACAUCAACGCUUUGGAUAUUGGUCCUGCAAAUAUGGAAUCAGGUUUAAGAUCGGUUCUGUCUCUUAUUGGAGGGGUCUAUGGCGCUAAGCUUACCAACGGACGGAUAAACAGUGAAUGGAAGUACGAUGGGCAUGGCUUUGACUAUGACUCAAUUGAAGCAAUCAUUGAGCGUACAUUUCAGAACUCAGCCCUCGAUACAUAUGGCGACUUGGCUCUGAAGAUUGAAAUACUUAAAUCCUGUAUAAACUUCUGUGAAGCAUUACCUGACUUUUCAGGCGUUUUGAAGUUUACUGUUGCCUUACUACAAGCCGCCAAGGGCACAUAUAUGCUCACCACAGAUCUUCAGAAGGGCAGGCCACUUCUGAGUCCCGACGAGCAAACUCGUUUAUACAAUACGGUUAAACGCACAGUCAGUGUUGCACACAAGCUUGGGGUAUCGGAUUUGGAAGCUGAAUAUUGGGACGAUUUCUUGGUUCGCGAUGUUCUAAUACAACCUUCGAGUGCAGAACGCCCUGUUCGACGAACGAAGCAAGACUUUGGGGUUACCUUUAGUGCUGAAAAGGGCGCUGAAACAGAACCAUUUAUCUACAAUGCAUUCUCCAAGCCCCUUACACCAACCGCCGAGGCACCAUUGAUUGCUGGCGAGCCUGCAACCGCAAGGGUCAUUCUUCAAAACCCAUUCGACUUUGAACUCGAGAUUGAACACAUACAACUUGAAGGUGAAGGCAUUUCAUUUGAUGCCAGUGCCUCAAAUCUCCUCCUUGCGCCAUUUUGUCUCCAGGAAAUCGGGGUUACUCUAUUGGCUGCGGAGGAAGGUGUGCUCAAAAUCACUGGAUGCACUGUUAAGGUGAAGUUCUGCAGAGAAAGGCGAUUCCCUAUCUUCAAGAAGAUAUGGAAAUCCGUGGCGGAAACCAAGCUCAAACACAGAGGUUUGGCUGCCAAGGACCCUUCCUUAUCACGGCCUACCUCAUGGAGUUCGAACACAUCCCAAGGAGCAAUACCUUCGAGAAAACCACCAGAAGCUACGACUUUGUCUGCGAAUAUCAUCAAAGCGCAACCCAUGAUUGAAGUGCGAAGCUCCUCGCUUCUACAAUCUGCAAUAAUGAUGCUAGAAGGGGAAACCAGCUUGUUCGAGAUUACAUUACAUAACGCAUCCGAUUGCCCUGCUGAUCUCCUUCUCUUCACUUUUCAAGAUUCUACAACAGCUCAUCUACAAGCGGCAUUAAACAACAAAGACAACCUGCCUACAGAAAUUUACGAGUUGGAAUAUCAGAUGUUGAAACGGCCGCCACUACGUUUACGGACCUCCGGUGUAGGGCAAGAAAUACCAACCCUUGACCCUGGUGAAUCAAAGACGUUUACAAUUGAAGUUUUAGGCAAGCCAGGCCUUAGAACAGCCACUCUUCAAGUUGAUUAUGCAUGUAUUGGCGCGUCGCCUUCGGAACUCCCAGACACUUUUUAUACCAGGCAAAUCAGCAUACCAUUAACUGUCACCGUCAAUGCCAGCCUGAAUAUUUCCCGGUGCGAGAUCCUGCCUUUCAAUGGUCAUAUUGGAUGGAUCGGUGAUGCAUCCUCCGAUAAAAUAUCAAAAAAGCAACCAACAACAUAUGCCGCCUUACCAGACUCUUCGACUGUUUCUGCCGGUGGUCGAAAUGAUCCACAGAUAUCACCGGUUAUAUCUGAACUCGGAUCAAAAUACACAGGAUCUGACUACUGCUUAUUGGUUAUAGAUUUACGAAACUCGUGGCCUAACCCAAUAUCUGCUUAUCUGAAGGUCACCGACUCGACUACUGAGGGAAAAAUCGAUAGUUCCGAGGCCGGAACUUCGACUCUUCAUUUACAGGAAGUCUCUGAUGUACUCCAACCCGGGCACCUCUCUCGCUUCGCCCUAGCUAUUCCACGGAUAUACCUGGAUGAUCCCCACCAGAAAAUUCCGGCAUUGAAUGCUGCAAAUAGACGGCAGUUUGUAGUCAGCGCUAAUAAGCUAAGUUAUGAGGCGGAAACCGCCAAGAGAGAAGCAUUCUGGCUUCGUGAAAAAUUGUUCGAGAGCCUCCAUGGGCUAUGGAAGGAUGAGGUUACGGGCCGUGAGGGAGUUAUUGACUUCCGUGCGAUCGUGUUAACCAAUCGUAUGAUCAGUGCACUUCGAGUGGACGACAUAGAGCCAAGCUUCAAUCUUCUGCCGCUGCAGAAAACAAUCGACCAGGCAUCCUGCAGUGACCAAUACCCGACUAUUCUACAAACAGGCCAGUCAAGAUUCUCCGUUCCAACCGACACAUUCUUCAACCUUCAAACUACACUUUUCAACCGCUCUUCAAAGCCCAUUCAUCCCAUCAUCCGGAUACAACCCACUCUGCGCAACCAACCAUAUACAGUUGCGCUUGAGUUAUCAAGACGCCUAUCCUGUACCGGGAUGCUUCAACGAGCACUUCCGGUUCUAGGCCCCAGGGAACAAAAACAAAUAAACCUUGGCAUUACUAUUCACUGUGCAGGAGAGUACGAAAUUAGAGCUACAGUAGAGGAAGUCAAGGCUGCAAACACAAUAAUCGAACCGACAGAAGAGAAAGCCGCCCCGUCAUUCGAUAAAUACGCGUACCAUCAUGAUAGCUACCAGCAAUCCUUCGAUACCAAUGCACCACGACAGCGACGCAAAUGGCAUUCUAGACUACCUUGUAUAAUAACAGCACGAGAGAGCCUCGUGUGA